CUGCGGGGGGCGGUAGCCGGGGGGCUUUGAGCCCCGAAAGAGCCGGGCCAAGCAAGCACCACUGGCCCUUUCGAGGCUCCUUCCCAGCCGCCGCGGAGCUGCCUGGACGGAUCCGGGGCUCGGACCGCGACUUUUUUCCCGCGGCGGCUCAAAGAGAAGCGGCAAAGAAACGCGACUCCGCCCCGCCGCCAGAUGUUUCCCCGCCAGCAGCCCAGCUGUUUCGGCGUCCAGCAACACGCGGCAGCUGGACGUCCGGACGGCGCUUGGCGGAGUCGAGCCACCCCACGGGCGGAGGCCAGGAGAUCGCGGGGGGAGCACCUAGAGGCAAUCCAGCCCACCCCCGCCUGGGAGGGAGCCCCGCAUUCGCCCCGAGGAUCAGCCACAGGUGGACCCCACCCUUGGGGAGAGCUGGGCUUUGGGGGACCCCGGAAGCAGGGAUGGCCCGGGUGCCACACCUUGACCAGGGCUCUACAGGUGUGGCUCGUCCUUUCUUGUACCCGGAUCAGGACCAGGGCAGGGAGAAGAUGCCUUACUCGGUGGAAACCCCCUACGGCUUCCUGCUGGAUCUAGACUUCCUCAAGUAUGUGGACGACAUCGAGAGAGGCCAGACCCUCCGGAAGCUGCCCCUCCAUCGCAAAGCGAAGGGGUCCAAGCAAGCCCAGAGCUUCCCCCGCAGCCAAAUGGGGGGCUGGGCCUCCACCGAGUCCCUUUCCUCCACCACCAGUGAGGACGGGAAGCCCGCCUUCCCCACACGGCCCCGAACUGCUUCCUACGAAGCGAAGGACCUCGCCGGCAAAGACGGCUCCUUCCCGACGUCUCCUGCGCCCGCCGCCCAGCGCCUCCCUCCAACGUCUCCCGAUUCAGUGGGGAGAGGCAACCAGGUGGAGAACACCUUGCUGGAGACCAGCAGGAGGCUGGAGGAGGCACAGCUGAGUUUGCUGACCGGUGGAGGGCCUGCAGUGCCAAAGAGGACGGACCCUUCCAAAAACAACACGUGUCCCCCCAACUCUGCGUCCUCUCUAUCUGGGGAUGGCCAGGCUGAGCCCAUGAAGACAAGCCCCCCUAAUUCAGGAAGGAGCACCCCAGUUCCGGCAGUGAGCCCCGCACACCUCCAUCACGUCCGGGAGCAGAUGGCCGCUGCUCUCAAACAGCUGAAGGAGCUGGAGGAGCAAGUGAAGUUGAUCCCUCUCCUGGAGGAGCAGAUCUGCCAGCUGAAGCAGGAGAAGGAGCAACUGGUGGCUGGCUUGGGGGAGAAGGGGGAGGCCGAAACUGAGGAGUCGGGGGUCUUCCGCUCCCCCCCAAGACAAGCCCUCAAAGAUGGGGCUGCUUGUCUGGACACAGGAGGGCCCCAGCCUGAGAGCGAGGGAGAGACGACCAAAGGGAGGACAAGUAAGAUUGCAGAGCUGAAGAAACUGACCGAGAGGCUGACCGGUCCGGAGAGGGCUGGGAAGAGCAGAGGAGGGGUCCGGCCCUCAAGAGCAGAGCAGCCCGGCCAGAGAUCCAUCGGAGUCGGAGAGGAGGUGGACAUGACUGAAGUCGUUUGCUACUACCGGAGCCAAAGACCGUGCCUGGAAGUGGCCGUUGGGUGCGAGACGGAGACGUGUGACGCAGAGGUGUGGGUGAUGGAGUCCUUCCUUGGGGUUUCGUCGGCCGCAGAGGAGGAGAUGCAGCUGGUGCAGCAGAGAGUCCAGCAUCAACAGGCCGUCAUCGCCAUGCUGGAGGGGCACCUCAAGGAGGCCACCGAGGAACUGGAGGAGUUGAGAGUGGAGGUUUGCUCCCGCAGGCCAGGCAGCCUGGUCAGCCAAGCGACCUUGGCCUGUCCGGAGAUGGCUGAAGCCAGCGUGGAGGCUGUGACGCCCACCCGGUGCCAGGCUGUGGGCAGCCACAUCGAAACGGUGGAGGCCGGCGUCCAGAGUUUUCUGCAAGUGUCCCAUGUAGGAGUCAGUUGCAACUUGCAAGGAGGAUCAAAUGCAGAAGCAAAGCCUGCCAAGGACUCACAACAGAAAACGUCACCGAUCCCCCUGGAGCAAGAGGACCAGAAAGGGCACCUCGAAUCCACAGCGGCAACACCUGAUCACGGCACGGCUGGGGAGGGGUCCGGCUCAGAAGAUGCGAGGCAGCCCACAAGUGACAAGGAAGGGAUGCCGGUCCAGCUGGCUUUGCAGACCACAGAGGGUGAACCGGAUGCUGGCCGACCUUUGGGCGACAAGGGCAGCCAUGAGCCAAACGGGGCAGAGGGGGUCUCGGGGUCAGGUGCUCUGAAGUCCAUAAUGAAGCGGCUGGACAGCCCGGCCAAAGCAGAGUUGGGGGGCAGCGGGAAGAAGACCCUCCAGUUUGUGGGCCUCCUGAAUGGCGAGUAUGAGAGCACCUCUAGUGAGGAGGAGGAGGAGGAAGAAGAGGAGGAGGAGGAGGAGGAGGGGUCCCCAGGAGAGGGAUCUCCCCACAGCUCCUUCAGUGAGACAGUUGGUGACUUGGAGGAGGAUGAGGCUGCUGCCAGCCUGGAUGUCAGCGACAGCAGCGAGGAUGAGGAAGGGAGCCCGGGCACAGAGGCAGCCCCAGGCCACCCAACGCUGGGCCCUGAUCCUGAAGAUGCUGCCGGACAUGGAGGAGCAACUCCCAAAGUCAAAGAGAGGUUUGAGCUGAGCCCGUGGAUGAGAGAAGCCUGCCUGGUGGUGAGGGCCCAUCUGGGCCACGGCAGAGGGGCCCCAAAGAGCAAAGAGCUGCUGUCCAGCAGCAGCCUGGUCCUGCGGGAAUGGUUCCGGGUGUCCAGCCAGAAGACCUCCCGGGCCAGCAAGGUGGCCAAGUACCUGCAGGCCUUGGGCGAGCUCUCCCCAGCGCUCCUGGCCCACGUCAUCAACCUCUCCGACGGCAACGGCAACAUGGCGCUCCACUACAGCGUCUCCCACUCCAACUUCGACAUCGUCCGGCUCCUCCUCGACACAGGUGUCUGCAACAUCAACCACCAGAAUAAAGCAGGCUACACAGCCCUGAUGUUGGCCGCGCUGGCAACCAUGGAGCGGCAGGACGACAUGGCCGUAGUCCGGCACCUCUUCGACCUGGGCAACGUCAAUGCCAAGGCCAGUCAAGCCGGCCAGACGGCGCUGAUGCUGGCGGUCAGCCACGGGAGGCAAGAGAUGGUCGAGGCCCUCCUGGCAUGCGGAGCAGACGUCAACCUGCAGGACGAGGAGGGCUCCACCGCGCUCAUGUGCGCCUGCGAGCACGGCCGGGCAGAAACCGUCCAGCUGCUUCUGGCGCAGCCGGCCUGCGACGCCUCCAUCGUGGAUCAUGACGGCAACGAUGCUGUGGCCAUUGCGGUGGAGGCCGGACACGACAACCUCGCAGCUCUGAUAUCCGCCCACCUCACACAGUCUGCAGACAGGACGGGACCGUGACAGAAUUCGGCUGCAAUCCUAGGCAGCUGAACCAUCCUAUCCUGCCUGCAGCUGCCUCCCCCUGGCCAGAAGGACCGGCAACCAAAGAGAAAGCCCCCCACUCCAGGAGAUGCUUCCUGCACCACUACGAACCUCUCCCUGCACAUGCUCUGGCGGGCGCUUGGGAUCCCUUUGGGGUGAGGCUCACUCUGGGCCAGCUUCACUAUUUUGGGCCACCCACCUGGUCAAUCUGACCGUGUCCUCAGUCCCACCCACAGGAAAUCAUCAGGGAAAAGCAGUCACCUGUUUUAUCAUGCAAAAAAAAAAAAGACUUGCCGCGUGCAAAAUUCUCGCUCCGCGCACACGGAGCGAAGCUGGACAGCGGGGGCUGGGGGCCAAGGCCUCUUCCCAAGUGAGGGGAAAAGGGGGGAGGCAUCCGCCAGGCAAAUCUCCAACCGUAUAAUCAAAACUGGGUGGAGUGCUCCAUGAGGACUAGAAACUACCUAUCCCAAUUUUUAUCUGGCUAGAAUAAAAUCCCGUAACACUUU